CCAUUGCCUACCAUGUCUCUGUGCCCACCUUUCCGAUGCGGAUGGAAGCCGGGGCCAAGGGACUCUAGAGGGGCCUCUCCACAGCUUCCCGAUCAGGAUUUCGAGGCCCUGCUGGCAGGGUGCCUGAGGAAUGGCUGCCUCUUUGAAGACACCAGCUUCCCAGCCACCCUGAGCUCCAUUGGCAGCGGGUCCCUGCUGCAGAAGCUGCCACCCCGCCUACCGUGGAAGAGGCCCCCGGAGCUGCACAGCAAUCCCCAGUUUUAUUCUGGCAAGGCUAAAAGGCUGGAUCUGUGCCAGGGCAUUGUAGGAGACUGCUGGUUCUUGGCUGCUUUUUAAGCUCUGACCUUGCAACAGGACAUCCUGAGCUGGGUUGUUCCCCUGAAUCAGAGUUUCACUGAGAAGUAUGCUGGCAUCUUCCAGUUCUGGUUCUGGCACUACGGGAACUGGAUUCCUGUGGUGAUCGAUGACCGUCUGCCUGUGAAUGAGGCUGGCCAGUUGGUCUUUGUCUCCUCCACCUAUAAGAACUUGUUCUGGGGCGCGCUUCUGGAAAAGGCCUAUGCCAAGCUCUCUGGUUCCUACGAAGACUUGCAGUUUGGACAGGUGUCUGAAGCCCUUGUAGACUUCACUGGAGGGGUGACAAUGACCAUCAACCUGGCAGAAGCCCAUGGCAACCUCUGGGACCUCCUCACCAAAGCCACCUGCCACAGAACCCUCAUUGGCUGCCAGACCCACUCAGGGGAGAAGGUUCUGGAGAAUGGGCUGGUGGACGGCCAUGCCUAUACUCUCACAGGAAUCAGGAAGGUGACCUGCAAACACAGACCUGAGUAUCUAGUCAAGCUACGGAACCCCUGGGGAAAAGUGGAAUGGAAAGGAGACUGGAGUGACAGUUCAAGUAAAUGGGAGCUGCUGAGCCCCAAGGAGAAGAUUCUGCUUCUGAGGAAAGACAAUGAUGGAGAAUUCUGGAUGACACUGCAGGACUUUAAAGCACAUUUUGUGCUCCUGGUCAUCUGCAAACUGACCCCAGGCCUGUUGACCGAGGAGGCGGCCCGGAAGUGGACGUACACCAUGCGGGAGGGGAGAUGGGAGAAGGGCAGUACAGCUGGUGGCCGGAGGCAGUUGCUGCAGGACACAUUUUGGAAGAACCCGCAGUUCCUGCUGUCUGUCUGGAGGCCCGAAGAGGGCAGGAGAUCCCUGAGGCCCUGCAGUGUGCUGGUGUCCCUGCUCCAGAAGCCCAGGCACAGGCGCCGCAACCAGAAGCCUUACCUCGCCAUUGGCUUCUACCUCUAUAGGAUGAACACGUACCAUGAUGGCCAGAGGAGACUGCCCCCCAAGUUCUUCCAGAGCAAUGCUCCCCUGAGCCAGCCUGAUAAGUUUCUCAGGGAGAAAGAAGUGAGUCAGGAGCUGUGUCUGGAUCCAGGGACAUACGUCAUCCUGCCUUGCACCUUGGAGGCUCACCAGAAGUCAGAGUUCAUCCUCAGGGUCUUCUCCAGGAAGCACAUCUUUUAUCAGGGAAAAUUAGAGAAGCAAGGGCUGUUUGUAAAUGCUAUGGAGAUAGAAGAUCAAAAUGAAGGGCAGAAUGAAUGCUUCACCAAAUUCUUUGAAAAGUAUACAGAAAUUAAUGCAGUUCAGCUGCAGAACAUCCUGAACCACAUGACCUGGUCAAGUCCGGGGAGCACACCGCCCCUCUUCAGCCUGGAAGCCUGCCAGGGGAUCCUGGCAUUACUGGACCUUAAUGCCUCGGGUACUAUGAGCAUCCAGGAAUUCAGGGACCUUUGGAAGCAGCUGAAGCUCUAUCAGAAGAUUUUCUACAAGCGAGACAAUGGGUCAGGAUACCUGAGCUGGGCACAGCUGCAGGUUGCCAUGAGGGAGGCAGGAACUGUGCUCAGUGAUGACGUCUGUCAGCUGAUGCUCAUCCGCUAUGGUGGCCCCAGCCUCCAGAUGGACUUUGUCAGCUUUGUCCACUUGAUGCUGCGUGUAGAGAACAUGGAGGAUGUCUUCCAAAACUUAACCCAAGAUGGCAAAGGGAUAUACCUCCAGAAGUCAGAGUGGAUGAUGAUGGCAUUGUACUCCUGAGAAGAUUGAGUCUCAUCUGCCUUCACUGAGGACUCUGCAUGUGGUCCAAGAAUAGCCUUUGGCUGAGACCAACCUACAUCCACCCUACUCACUGAUCUUCAGAACCACCUCACCAGCGGUCACCUUCUCAGCUAGGAAGAUUUCUCUUCUGCAGCCCCUCCCUUGGACGGCCAGCAUGCAAAAAGGGAAGGGAGGCAGUAAAGAAAAGAAAAAAAAAGAUUGCAUCAGAUUUGUAAAAGCCAGCCGUCCUUCCCUGGGGCCACAACCUUGUCACGAGCGGAGAUGUUACCUGACAUGGCCUAAGCAUUCUGACUCCAGAGCUGGUGUGCUUAGCCUCUAUACAACACUGCCUCUGUGACCUCAAACUUAAGUGACCUUAGACAUGCCACAUGUUCUCAUAUGUGGGGUAAUCAUCUAGGUUUCAAGAUGAUUACCCUCUGAAGAGGAAAUGAUAUAUCCUUAGACAUUUAGUCCCAGCAUCUGCAAAUUGAUAGAGACAUAGGCUAAGUUUCAGUUCGUUAGCGAUGGGGUCAGGAAUAUAGCGGGCUUUCAGAGACACAGAAAAUAACAGAAUUGGCAGAGUGCAGGUAGGGUGGGCUGGCUCUGGCAUCUGAGAUCAUAGGGUAAUCUUCUGCGGACAAUAUCUCCAUAUGAUUGGAUUUAGGGGAACCCAGUGGAUUUAAAUAAAGCACCUGAGUUCUCAAAGGGCUUCCUGCUUGUGACAGGUAUCAGUCUGUUUACUUGACCUAUAGACUAUCAAAUCCACUUCAAAUCCAUCCAGAAAAUCUCGGUCUAUCCACUUCAAAGAACAAAAACACACUCAU